GCGAGGCGAAGGACGGAAUGAUGGCGUCUGCGGGGAUGGGGCUACGGCGGCUCCUGGCGGCCGGUUUUAAGGCGAGCAGGCGGCGAGUGACCACCUCUCUUCUGCCUGUAGCUUUUUCCAGGCUUCAUUAUCAUGUGACACCAUCUCGCAGCUACAUACCCCGGAGAGCUGUUCUCUAUGUGCCUGCAGAUGAUGUAAGAAAGAUACAGAAGAUUCCAUCUCUCAACGUUGAUUGUGCAGUGCUCGAUUGUGAAGAUGGUGUUGCUCUAAAUAGGAAGGAAAUGUUUUGAUGUGCUGCAACUCUAAAUAUGUGAAGGCUUCCAACCACUGCUUUUGUCUCCAAGUAUUAAGUGGGGAAAUUACAGCCUAACUCUCUUCCUGUUUAUUGUAAACAACGUGGCCGGCCUAGCAAUGGAGUCUGAUUAGUCCUUUGCACCUUUUGUGAAAGGAUCAAGAGAACCCUACUGUUUUCGGUGUUUGACUCCAAUUUACAUCUUUAAAGAGACUUGACUGCAUUAGGAUCCAGAUUUCAACUUCUUGAAUGCUGGACAUAGUUGCUACAAUGCAUCAUACAAUUAACCAAGAUCCCUAUUGUAAUACACCGCUUUUAAUGCAAACGCAUAUUCAUGCUAUUUUUGUGAUGCCAUUUUGAAAAAGAAUAGACCACCCAUCCCUUCUGACUCCAAGAAGGUUUCUCUUUUGGGGAAAAAAAAAUCUGUGCCAGGAGA